AAUUAAGGAGAGGAAGAGAAAGAGAAGAACGAGCAUGAAGAAAUCAAUGUCAUGUCUUCUCCUUCUCCUUAUAAUAUUCUUUCACUUGUCCAUAAUAACACUAGCAGCAGACACCAUAACCGCCACCCAAAUCCUCCGUGACAACGACACCUUAAUCUCAACCGGUGGAACCUUCGCUUUGGGUUUCUUCACUUCAGGACAAAACAGUACCGCCAACCGCUAUCUCGGCAUCUGGUACAAUAAUCUAUCCCCCAGAACCGUGGUCUGGGUCGCAAACAGAGAUACUCCACUUACCGUCCCGUCAACCCUCACCAUUUCUUCUCCAGGCACUCUCCUCCUUCUCAACAGCUCCGAUGCUCUCAUCUGGUCCACAAACACCACCGGCGCCAAAAACCCAAUCGCCCAACUCCUCGAUUCCGGAAACCUCGUCGUCCGAGAUGAUGCUGAUGACUCGCCCAGCUUCCUAUGGCAGAGCUUCGAUUAUCCGUCCGAUACCCUUCUUCCAGGAAUGAAACUAGGAAGGAAUUUAGUCACCGGCAAGGAUUGGUACUUAUCCUCCUGGAAAAACAUCGACGACCCAUCCAUUGGCCCUUUCACCUAUUGGCUUGAUAUUCGUGGGUAUCCGCAGUUUUGGGGAAGCAACGCCUCCGUUCCAUGGUUCAGGUCAGGUCCGUGGAACGGGCAACGAUUCAGCGGAAACCCUAGUUUGAACAGGAACAGUAUUUACAAAUUCGAUUUUGUUCUAUCCGAAGAAGAGAUUUACUAUUCUUACCAACUGCUAAACAAAUCGGUCAUCUCCAGAUUUAUCAUAAACGCCAACGGGUACGUGCAGAGAUGGACCUGGGUGGAGGGAAGGGGAUGGGUGUUGUAUCUAAGCGGGCCGGUGGAAAAGUGCGAUACGUACGCCGUCUGCGGGCCAAACGGGAACUGCGAUGUGAAUAUAUCUCCCAUGUGCGAGUGCUUGGAUAAAUUCGUGGCGAGGAAUGAAAGGGAGUGGUCGUUGGGGGACGCGUCGAAAGGGUGCGUGAGGAGGGUGGAACUGAAUUGUAACGACGAGGACGAUGGGUUUUACAAGUAUUCGGGAGUAAAGCUGCCGGAUACGCAGAAUUCAUGGUUUAACGAGAGUAUGAAUCUGAGGGAAUGCGAGGGAAAUUGUUUGAAUAACUGCAACUGUACGGCGUACGCGACGCUGAAUAUAACCGGCCAAGGAAGCGGGUGCUUGCAUUGGUUUGGGGAUCUCAUUGAUAUCAAGAAGUUUACGGAGAAUGGUCAGGAUGUCUAUAUCAGGGUGGCCUCCUCUGAGUUGACUACUGCUGUGACAACAACUCCUGUCCGUCGGUCCAAGAAAAAAACCGGACUUGUGGUGGGACUGACAGUCGUCGGACUAAGCCUCAUGUGCAUCACCACCAUAUUCUUCUUCUUCUGUACAAGGAGGAGCAGGAGCAGGAUGAUGAGACGACAUCAUCAUCAUAAGUGUCCGAAGCACCAGAAAGGAAAACUUUUACAAGUUUUUAGCCAAUUUCACAGCAAGGGUGCUCAAAGGAAGGAUGUAGAAUUGUUUAAUUUUAUUACCAUUGACAAUGCAACCAGCUCUUUCUCGGAAAGAAACAAGCUUGGAGAGGGUGGAUUCGGAACGGUUUAUAAGGGGACGCUUGAAGACGGGCAAGACAUAGCUGUUAAACGGCUUUCAAAGGAGUCGAAUCAAGGAGUUGAGGAGUUCAAGAACGAGGUGUUGUGCAUUGCAAGGUUGCAACAUAGAAACCUGGUAAAGCUUAUGGGAUGUUGUAUCGAAGGAGAGGAGAAGAUGUUGAUCUACGAAUACAUGUCCAACACAAGCUUGGACUCUUUCAUUUUCGACAAAACCCUUGGAAGGGAACUGAAUUGGCCCAAGCGGUUUGACAUAAUCAAUGGCGUUGCCCGAGGACUUCUUUAUCUGCAUCAAGAUUCUAGAUUAAGAAUUAUCCAUAGAGAUCUGAAAGCCAGUAACGUAUUGUUGGAUGCCAACUUGAACCCUAAGAUAUCGGAUUUUGGCAUGGCACGCUGUUUCAGAGGAGACGAGACUGAAGCCAACACAAAGAGAGUUGUGGGAACAUAUGGUUAUAUGUCUCCAGAGUAUGCUGUGGAUGGGAUUUUCUCGAUAAAAUCUGACGUGUUUAGUUUCGGGGUGUUGGUCCUAGAGAUUGUGAGUGGGAAGAGAAACAGAGGAUUUUCCCAUCCUGACCAUAGCCAUAACCUACUUGGACAUGCGUGGCUUUUGUUAUACAAAGAAGACAAAUCGACAUUGGAGUUAUUGGAGGAAUCGGUGAAGGGUGGCUCAUCAUCAUCAUCAUCAUGCAAUCUAUUCGAGGUGGAUCGGGCUAUACAUGUGGCGCUUUUAUGCGUCCAACAACAUCCUGACGACAGGCCAAACAUGUCCUCUGUGGUCUUGAUGCUGGGGAGCACCGCUCCAUUGCCUUUCCCAAAACAGCCCGGUUUCUUCACAGAGAGAAACCUAGCGGAGGGCGGCAAUUCCACUUCAAGCAAGCUGCCAGCUGCUGCAUUCAAUUCAAAUGAGUACACCAUUACCAUGCUGGAGCCCCGAUAAUUAUCAUUUAAUUAUAGUUAAUCUUGUAUAAUAAUAACUAUUGCUUCUGCAUACAAGUAUAUAAAUACAUAUUUAUAUAUUGCAUGACAACAGUAAGUAAGUAUGCCGUAAAACUCCACCAUAAUUUUAUGUAUUAUAGUAAUAAUAUUUGACAACA